AUGGCGGCCAACAUGUACCGGGUCGGAGAUUAUGUCUACUUUGAGAAUUCCUCCAGCAACCCAUACCUAAUCAGGAGGAUAGAAGAACUUAACAAGACUGCAACUGGCAACGUGGAAGCAAAAGUAGUAUGCUUCUAUAGACGACGAGAUAUUUCCAACACGCUUAUAAUGCUUGCAGACAAGCAUGCUAAAGAAAUUGAGGAAGAAUCUGAAACAACCAUUGAGCCCGACUUGACUGAUAAACAGAAACAUCAGUUGAAACAUAGGGAACUCUUUUUGUCUCGCCAAUAUGAAUCUCUGCCUGCAACACACAUCAGGGGGAAAUGCAGCGUUGCCCUUCUGAAUGAGACAGAGUCAGUAUUGUCAUAUCUCGAUAAAGAGGAUACCUUUUUCUACUCAUUGGUCUAUGACCCCUCUGUGAAAACACUAUUAGCUGACAAAGGUGAAAUCAGAGUGGGACCUAGAUAUCAAGCAGACAUUCCAGAAAUGCUCUCAGAAGGAGAAUCAGAUGAGAGGGAACAGUCAAAAUUGGAAGUUAAAGUUUGGGACCCAAAUAGCCCACUUACAGAUCGACAGAUUGACCAGUUUUUAGUUGUAGCACGUGCUGUUGGGACAUUCGCUCGAGCCCUUGAUUGCAGCAGUUCUGUACGGCAGCCGAGUUUACAUAUGAGCGCAGCUGCAGCUUCUCGAGACAUCACCCUGUUUCAUGCUAUGGAUACAUUAUAUAGACACAGCUAUGACUUGAGCAGUGCAAUAAGUGUGUUAGUGCCACUUGGAGGACCUGUUCUAUGCAGAGAUGAAAUGGAAGAAUGGUCAGCCUCGGAAGCUACUUUGUUUGAAGAGGCACUGGAAAAAUAUGGCAAAGACUUCAAUGAUAUACGUCAGGACUUCCUCCCUUGGAAAUCAUUGACUAGCAUCAUUGAAUAUUAUUACAUGUGGAAAACUACUGACAGAUACGUUCAGCAGAAACGUCUAAAAGCAGCAGAAGCAGAGAGUAAACUGAAACAAGUGUAUAUCCCAACUUACAGCAAACCGAAUCCCAACCAAAUAUCCACCAGCAAUGGCAAACCUGGUGCUGUGAAUGGGGCUGUGGGAACCACAUUCCAGCCGCAGAACCCCCUCUUAGGGCGAGCCUGUGAGAGCUGCUACGCUACACAGUCUCAUCAGUGGUACUCUUGGGGUCCACCCAAUAUGCAGUGUAGAUUAUGUGCAACCUGUUGGCUCUAUUGGAAAAAAUAUGGCGGCCUGAAAAUGCCCACUCAGUCAGAAGAAGAGAAGUUGUCUCCCAGCCCACCUACAGAGGACCCCCGCGUCAGAAGCCACAUGUCUCGCCAAGCCAUGCAGGGGAUGCCCGUCCGCAACACCGGGAGCCCAAAGUCUGCGGUGAAGACCCGCCAAGCUUUCUUCCUCCACACUACAUAUUUCACAAAAUUUGCUCGUCAGGUCUGCAAAAAUACCCUCCGGCUGCGGCAGGCAGCGAGACGGCCGUUUGUUCCUAUUAAUUAUGCUGCCAUUAGGGCAGAAUAUGCAGACAGACAUGCUGAGCUCUCUGGGAGUCCGCUGAAAAGCAAAAGCACCAGGAAACCUUUGGCAUGUAUCAUUGGGUAUUUAGAAAUCCAUCCUUCAAAGAAACCUAGUGUGAUUCGAUCGACACCAACUCUACAAACGCCAACUACCAAGCGGAUGCUCACCACCCCGAAUCACACGACUCUGAGCAUUUUGGGGAAAAGGAACUACAGUCAUCACAAUGGGCUGGGCGAACUCACAUGCUGCGUGUCAGACUGA